CUGCGUUUCUUCUUGUCGCAUCACUCGUGUAUCGUGUCUGUCAGCUAGCUGCUACUUAUAUAAACAACCCGUAUUAAAACAUGAAACACUUGACAGGAGAGUGACAGUAACCACGUACUGCACGAGAAAUGUAACCGUAUUAAUUUGCGCACGCUUUUAAACUGCAGUAAAGUGUAUCUAAAGUGUUUUGGAAACGCUGCUGGUUGCAUGUAUACAACCUGAAAUUUUUAUUGUGAAAGGGCGCAUUGUAUUUGUUGCUCAGGACGGACCAUCCGUGAAUAAUCUGCUUCAUCUCUUAGUGUUGGGGAUGUGACCGUCUCUCACAUUAUGGUCUCAGCCACCCAUGUGAUCAUGACUGUCCAUCCCGUCCUGGUCCUGCUGCCCAUUCUGGGGCUGCUGGUGCUUCCGUGUGCACCCUCGCAUUUGGUAAACGGCCUCAGGAUAGUGGCUAAUGUGACUCUGAGCAACCAGGAGAAAUGUGACCUGAAUCUUUGUCCUCAAGGUGAAGUCUGUUCGAAGGCUGUUCCUGAUGCCAAUCAAUCUCUGUGUUUUCUGAUCAGCUGCCCGAAUAAUACCCAGAAUUUGUCUUGUGAAAAUUUAACAUUCAGUGCCCUGUUUGCGGAAGCAGGUGUAAACAGAACUGACUCUAUCCAUGUGGGCAACAAUCUGACUGAUAAAUCGGAGCUUCUCAAUCAGUCUGCUGGCAUCAACUCUAAUGUAACACAUGAUCUAACAUCUAAUGUAACACAUCCGUUGCCAACUGAAUCUAACGUCUCGAUCUCCCGGACUUCCACUACAACACAUCCGGACACUUUACGAAUCGACGUCAUGACUGUAGCGACCACCAACCUGCAGACGACAGAGAAAGACGCCAAAACUGAUGCAUUGCCAAAACCAGCGAUCACCGAAGCCAUUCCAACAUCACCAGCCGUGACAUCCACCACCACCACAACUAAACCUAAACCAACCACAACGACCCCUAAACCCUCUCCAACUAAAACCAGCACAACCACCACCACCACAACAACAGUUGCACAAAAAAUUAUUCCAAAACAGUCUUCACCGUCACCAUCAGGGACCAAUAAGUCCGCCAGCAUCUCACCAUCAGUGCCUACAUCCACUGCUUCCACAAAACCAAUCCAAACUUCUGCAGGAUCAUCAGAUAAUAUGACCAUGCCAAAAACCUCAUCAAGCCCCUCCGUAGUGGCAUCUGCACUGCCUAAGGACAUUCCCAAAGGGGAUCAAGCCAUGAUUAAGGUGGCCGGAGACCCUUUGACCAGCCACCUGUUGAACACAAGCUCCUUGUUGGCCGUUCUUCUGUUCGGCCUCCUCUUCUUCGUGGUCACGGUGGCGCUGUUUCUCAAACAAGCAUACGAGAGUUACAAGCGGAAGGACUACACUCAGGUUGACUAUCUCAUCAAUGGAAUGUACUCCGAUUCGGGGGUCUGACCGGGAUCUUGCGGUUUACAUUUCAGUAUAUUUCCAUUUUCAAAGGUUGGUAGCAGAUUGAUAUUUUUUUUUUUUUUGGUUUGAGACCCCUUGGUAGCACUCAAACGCUCGAAAACCCUGUAUGACUUCUAGAUACGAGAAUCCAGCUGGUGCUUGAGUGGGAUGGUAUGAUGUGUAUCUUUUGUUUCUAUGCAGAUUUAGCUUCCACAUAAUUCUUGGCACAUGGGGCUGAAGCCUUAGUAUUAACUUAGCCCUCAACCUUCGUUCAACGAAUGUCAUUAUAAGGGAUUCAUAGUGCAAUACAUGGAAAUGUUUUGUCUAAUCUGUCAUGUCCAGUGUUUCAUCUGCAGCUGAUUAAUUGGCUGCACUAAUUGCCUUUUUAUGUUUGUCAGAACGGUUCAGGAACAUUCAAAGAAUUUAUGAAUUGCCUUUUUUUUUUUUUUUUUUUUUUUUUUUUUAUGCGUGUGAGGAAUAAAUGCCAAACCAGGAAUUGUGGCACAGAAGCACAUUAUUGUAAAGCCAAGGGAAUAACUCAGCCAUCGUGUAUUUAGUGUCUGGAACAAAGAACGGAUAAGAGGAAAAGAAGUAUGAUAGUUUGAUAUGUGCCAAAUUGAUUUUGUAAGUCUUAAUAGCUGCACUGUUAAAAAGAUAUAUAUCUAUAAUAAAGAAAAAACCUACUUUGCA